AUGGAAUCAUUUAAUUAUUUAUCAAUUAGAUAUAAUAAAGAUGAAAAGAAAUUACAAAUUUUAGAUCAAAGAAAAUUACCAGAUAUUGAAGAAUGGUUGGUUUGUGAAAAACCAGAAGAUAUGAUUACAUUUAUUAAACAACUUUCAGUUAGAGGUGCACCAUUGAUUGGUGUAGCAGCAUCAAUGAGUUUAUAUAAUCAUAUUUUGUAUAACCCACAAUUAACUAAAGAAGAGAUAGUGAAAGUUUCACAAGAGUUGAGAGAAUCAAGACCAACUGCUGUUAAUUUAAUGUUUGCAAUUGAUGAGAUGAUGCAAUUGAAGGAGGGUAAUGUUGAAAAUCGUGAUUACUCUGCCACCAGAUUCGGCGAGAUUGCAAUGCGUAUCAUUAGAAACGAAGUGGACAUGUGUGACAAGAUGUCGAAAUUCGGGGCAUCCUUGAUCCAACCAGGCGAGUCCAUUCUCACUCACUGCAACACCGGCAGUGUCGCCACAGUGGGCGCAGGCACUGCAUUGGGCGUCAUCAGGGAGGCCCACAAGCAGGGCAAGAACAUCCAUGUCUAUGUCGACGAAACCCGUCCAUUGCUCCAAGGCGGCCGUUUGACUACAUACGAGUUGGAGAGAGAGGGCAUUCCAUACACACUAAUCUGCGACAACAUGGCUGCAUGCUUAAUGCGUGAUGGUAAAAUCCAAAGGGUGUUGGUUGGCGCCGACCGUAUCGCUGCCAAUGGCGACUUUGCCAAUAAAAUCGGUACAUACAGUGUCGCAGUGUUGGCAAAUCACCAUAACAUCCCAUUCCAUUGUGUGGCUCCAAUGUCAACUGUUGAUAUCAAAUGUCUAACUGGUAAAGAUAUCCCAAUUGAAGAACGUUCUCAAACUGAAGUUCAAGGUGCAAGUGGUGCCUUUGGCCAAGUUCGUUGGGCUCCAAAAAAUUCAAAAACUUUUAAUCCAGCAUUCGAUGUUACUCCAAUGACUUUAGUAACUUCAAUCAUUUUAGAUACUGGUAUUUUAACUAAAAAUGAUUUAAAUAAAUUAUCAGAAUAA